AUGGAGGUGGCUCUGGUGGACUUUGAGAGUCUGGACGACAUUGACAGCAGCCUAGAAGAUGAGCUGGACAACCCAGACAACCCUGACGAGACCACGACCCUGAUGGUCGACAUGCCCUCCGAACAAUGCUCCCACCACCUCCUUUCCCCUCAGUCCAACCUCACAUCCACCCCCCAGCACCACCACCCCUCCUCACUCUCCUCCCCUUGCCCGUCCCCCUCCCCCAAUACUCUGGGUGGGCCCCAGUCGCCCAUCAUGCCACCCCACAGCAGGAGGGGGCGCCCUAGCUGUGCCAGCAUGAUCACCAACUGGAAGCUGCUGCUGAGUAGCGAGACCCAGACGCAGAGCGAGACCAUCUUCAGCCGGCUGGCUAAGGAGUGCUGCGAGGAUGUGUUCGUGGACAAGACAGGGCUAGACGACGGAGACCAGAAGGUCAUCAUCAACAUCGCCGGGCUGCGCUUCGAGACGCAGCUCAAAACCCUCGACCAGUUCCCUGAGACCCUUCUGGGGGACCCUAUGAAGAGGAUGGACUACUUCGACCCCAUGAGGAACGAGUAUUUCUUUGACAGGAACCGGCCCAGCUUCGAUGGCAUCCUGUAUUACUACCAGUCAGGAGGGAAGAUCCGCCGGCCGGCCAACGUUCCGCUGGAUGUGUUUGCUGAUGAGAUCGUGUUCUAUGAGUUGGGGAGUGACGCCAUGGAGCAGUUCAGAGAGGACGAGGGCUUCAUCAAAGAAGUGGAGAUCCCUCUCCCGACCAAUGAGAUGUACCGCCAGUUCUGGCUGCUGUUCGAGUACCCCGAGAGUUCCAACGCGGCGCGUGGCGUGGCGCUGGUCUCCGUGUUCGUCAUCGUUAUCUCAAUCAUCAUCUUCUGCAUGGAGACGCUGCCGGAGUUCCGGGAUAACUCCCUGGACCCCGUCCUACCCACCACCGUCAUGCAGCUGAUGCCUUUCGAUGGGAACCAAUCGCUGGGCGGCCUCGGGUCCUUGUUCCCGCCCUCAGCCACGCCCAAAACCAUCAUCUCCACGUUCUCCGACCCUUUCUUCAUCAUCGAGACGGCCUGCAUCAUCUGGUUCUUCUUCGAGCUGGUUGUCCGCUUCGUGGUCUGCCCCUCCAAGAGCGAUUUCUUCCACAACCUCAUGAACAUCAUCGACAUCGUCUCCAUCAUCCCCUACUUCGUCACCUUGGUAACGGAGCUGGUCACCACCCCGGACCAGAACUCCAGCCAGAACAUGUCCCUGGCCAUCCUUCGUAUCAUCCGUCUGGUCAGGGUGUUCAGGAUCUUCAAGCUGUCCAGACACUCCAAGGGGCUCCAGAUCCUGGGCCAGACCCUGAAGGCCAGCAUGCGGGAGCUGGGCCUCCUCAUCUUCUUCCUCUUCAUCGGAGUCAUCCUCUUCUCCAGCGCCAUCUACUUUGCCGAAGUGGACGAGCCCAGCACACAGUUCGUCAGCAUCCCUGACGGCUUCUGGUGGGCCGUGGUCACCAUGACUACAGUGGGCUAUGGGGACAUGUGCCCGAUCACCAUGGGCGGUAAGAUGGUGGGGACGCUCUGCGCCAUCGCUGGCGUGUUGACCAUCGCCCUGCCCGUCCCUGUCAUCGUGUCCAACUUCAACUACUUCUACCACCGGGAGACGGAGGCAGAGGACAAGCAGCCGAUGGCAGAUGCAGCAGAGCUGGCCAUGAAGGCCUCAGGAGAGAGUAAACAUGGGAGUAGCACCUCUCUGAACAAGACCAAUGGAACCCUGCAGGGCGAGAAGUUCACUGGCCUCUGA